AAAAAUAACCUGUAAAUAUGAAACUGAAAGCGUCAGUUUGAUAUUUAAUUAUCAUAACAACAUUUAUUUAAAAACAAAUUGAGUACCAAGCCACAAAGCCGCAAGGUUUACCGCAUUACAGAUAAGAUAACAUUGGAAGGAUUACCGUACCAAGUUAUUUGCCUGAUUGAAUUUUAUGUUUUCAAUAGGUGUGAUUGUUUGUAAAAUCAGUCGUCAGAAUAAGCAAUUUUUCCCUUUGUCUGGCUGGUCACGUAUCCACAGUCUCAGAUUCUUCGGUGCCUGCUUAAACAGCCCCAGUGAAAUGCCGAAAGCAAAGUCGACCAGUGAUCUACUCAAGCAGCUUAGGGCUUCAAUGACAAACCCCAAAUACGUGGAGAAGCCCCUGCAAGGUUAUAUCAUUCCUUCUGCGGAUGCCCACAAUGGGGAAUAUCUGGCGGAUUGUGACCAGUUUCGAGCCUUUAUAUCAGGAUUUAAUGGGUCUGCUGGAACAGCUGUUGUAUCUCAACGAGAUGCUUGCCUGUGGACUGAUGGCAGGUAUUAUCUGCAGGCUACAGAGGAAAUGGACAGCAAUUGGACUCUGAUGAAGGAAGGGGACCCCAACACGUUGCAGAAAGGUCAAUGGCUGGCAAAAAACCUCGAAGUUGGCGGCCGCGUGGGCGUGGACCCCAAGUUAAUAACAACUCAACAAUUUCAGUCCCUUCAAAAGGAGCUGGACGCGGCAGGUCGUAAACUCGUUCCAGUCGCCCAGAACUUGAUAGAACUUCUUUGGACUGAAAGACCCAAUCGGCCCGUCAACCCGAUUCGGCCGUUAUCAGUAACCUUUACCGGAAAACCAGUUAAGGCCAAACUGGCCGAAGUCACGGCGGCAAUGAGGAGCAAAAGAGCCGAUUGGCUAGUUUUGACUGCCUUGGAUCAGAUUGCUUGGUUCCUAAACCUACGUGGCUCCGACAUCGAAUACAACCCGGUGUUCUUUUCCUAUGUGAUUAUCAAGGAAGAUGGCACCUUCACUUUGUUUGUGGACCCACGCCAGGUGACUGAAGAAGUGAAGCAGCAUCUGAGAAGCGAAGCAGGGGAUGGUAGCUUUACCAUUGAACCCUACAGCAGGACUGAAGAAGCGCUUAAGGAACGCUGUUUGAGCUUGGAAAGCUCUAUUUGGUUCAGCGAAGCUUCCAGCUAUGCCCUCACGAGGAUUGUCCCCGAGAAGCGCUUAAUAUUGACCGAUACCACCCCAAUCGAGCUAAUGAAGGCAGUGAAGAACCCCACUGAAGUAAAAGGGAUGAGAAACGCUCAUUUAAAAGACGCGAUUGCACUGUGCAACUACUUUGCGUGGCUGGAGAAGAAUGUGGCGGCCGGAAAUAUCACCGAAGUUUCAGGAGCGAAAAAGUUGCACGAGCUUCGGAGGUUGCAACCCGAAUUCAUCGGGGACAGCUUUGCAACCAUCAGCUCCGUGGGCCCGCACGGCGCGAUUAUUCACUAUCAACCAGACGAAACCAGUGAUGUCCCGAUUCGGACGGACUGUCUCUACUUAUGCGACUCCGGGGCGCAAUUCCGGGACGGAACCACUGAUGUGACCAGGACUGUGCAUUUUGGUACUCCUACUGACUACGAAAAGGAAUGCUACACUCGCGUGUUGAAAGGGCAGUUGCAACUGGCAUCGCGCAUCUUUCCGACUAAAAUCCGAGGGAACCACUUGGAUUCGUUCGCCAGAGAGUUUCUGUGGGAUGUGGGGUUGGAUUACGCCCACGGAACCGGCCACGGGAUAGGACAUUAUCUGAACGUCCACGAAGGACCAAUGGGGAUUUCUUGGAGACCGAACAGUCAAGACCCGGGAUUGGAGGCGAACAUGUUCCUGUCCAACGAGCCUGGGUAUUACGAGGACGGCAAGUUUGGCAUCCGGAUCGAGGACAUUGUGCAAAUCGUGCCGGCUCAGCCGCCGCACAACUUUAAUAAUCGCGGUUUUCUCACCUUCGACACCAUCACCCUGGUGCCGAAGAGCUUAAAUCUGAUCAACGUUUCAAUGCUUACAGACAAGGAAAUUGAACAACUGAACAAUUAUCACCAAGAGUGCAGGCAAGCCGUGGGGCCGCUUUUAGAUGAGCAGGGGGCGGUUGAAGCCAAAGCCUGGCUGUGGAAAGAGAGCGAGCCCAUUUCCAGAUAAUCGCCUAAGGAUUGUUGUUUUAUUAUUGUUUUUAUUUCUAGUUAGCACACCCAGUUGUAUAAACAGUUAUUAUACAUUAUAUUUCUUCA